AUAGUUUCGGUAUACGGUGGACUCGGAGUCGAGAGCCCGGGCACAAGAGCUGAGGGAAAUAGGUUAAUAUCUAACGUUGAAAGUCUACUCUGAUAAGUAAUUGACGAAUAAUGAGUACCCCAAUGGAAACAGCAGCUGCUACCCGUGCUGGCCGUAAUUCGGGUCGCUUCGUCGACGUAGCCGAGGCAGAGAGGGCGUAUCUCGGUGAUGGACGGGAUAAACCCGAAGCACCCUCCAGACCUGAUCAGCUGAGCCUCAAGGAGUUGGACUUCCAGUUGGAAAGAAACCGUUCACUCCAUCACACCUCUGAUUACGAGAUUAAAAACCUGUUCGUCAGGCGAGGGCAGCGUUUUGAUCUCACUGUCACGUUCAACAGGGAACCGAAGACAGAGGUGUUUGGGCUGGAGUUGACUGUUCGUGGUGCCAAAGUUUCGUCUGCCCACAAUGGCACCGUGAUCCGUAUGCCCUUCAGUCGGAGCGAAGAAACCCUCGGCGAAUGGGGAAUCCGUGUCGUCGGUACCAAAGGUCCGGAGUACCAGCUCGUGGUCAGCUGCCCUCCUAAUGCCAUCGUCAGUCGUUACAAUGUCGCCGUCGUUAUAUUGGAUACUGAAAACGCAGAACCCAGGUACUUCAAGCAGAAGGACCCCAUCUUUGUGCUCUUCAACGCCUGGUGUCGUGAAGACACGGUCUUUAUGGAAGGUGACGCCGAGAAGGACGAGUACGUGCUCAACGACACGGGAUGCGUCUUUACCGGAAGCACCAGACGUCAGUAUGCCCGACCGUGGGUCUUUGGCCAGUUUGAGGAUAUCACCACGGACGUGGUGUUUGACCUACUUGAAAGAUGGGUGGAAAAGGCAAAGUCUCGUGCAGACCCUGUAGUCGUUUCUAGAACGUUCACUCAUCUCAUCAAUUACUUGCCUACCGAUGAAAAGGCAUCCAAGGUGGGGCUUCUCGUGGGAAACUGGAGUGGAGACUACGACGAUGGAAAAAGUCCAUCCUCGUGGACAGGCAGUACAGCUAUCUAUGAGGCGUACGCCAAGUCGAAUUGUGAACCCGUGAAAUACGGCCAGUGCUGGGUGUUCAGCGGUGUGUUGUGCACCGCCAUGCGCUGUCUCGGUAUUCCCUGCCGAAGUGUGACCAACUUUUCCUCUGCUCACGACACCGAUGCCAGCAUGACGAUCGAUGUGAUUUUAGACUCCGAGACCAAAGAGACGCUCGAUUAUAUGUCCGACGAUUCAGUGUGGAAUUUCCACGUGUGGAACGAGGCGUUUUUCACCCGCCCAGACCUUCCCCCGCUGAUGGGCGGCUGGCAGGCCAUCGACGCCACCCCACAGGAGAGUAGCGAAGGCUUUUUCCAAAUGGGUCCCGCUCCAAUUGCUGCAAUCAGACAAGGUUUGACCUACAUGAACUAUGAUACCAAGUUUGCUUUUGCUGAGGUCAAUGCUGACCGAAUCUACUGGUUGGCAACCAAGAAAGACAUGGGCCCCCCGGAGCUUAAAAGGCUUUGGUGCGAUACCAACGCUGUUGGCGUAAGGAUCAGUACCAGGAAGCCAGGCAGAGAAAUAGGCAACAUCAGGGAGGAUGUUACCGCCCAUUACAAAUUUGCAGCAGGGAGUGAUGAAGAGAGGAGUGCCGUGGAACGAGCUGUUUCUUUCGGCACCAGACCGAACACCUAUAGACCUGACAGGAAGGAGGACGACGUUGAGGUCGAGGUCUUGCUGGCCGAAGACACACCCAGUGGAAGCGACAUCGAACUCAAGGUGGCCGUCAACAAUAAAAGCUCGGUGUCUCGCACCGUCUCCUUCGAUGUUGUUGCCUACAUGUGUUUCUAUACAGGUUUGGGCAAAGCCAACAUGAAGAGCAUGAAGAAAGAGGUGACCGUUCCGUCUGGCAAGUCGGUCCAAACCCUCGAUGCGAUUGGCCCAGACCUCUACUGCCGCUACCUGGUUGACCAGCCUUGCAUCAAGUUCUGUGUCUUCGGAGAAGUCAAGGAAACAUCCCAACUGAUCGUAUGCCAGGACACGGUAUCCCUCACGCCACCGGAGAUGAAGACGGAAGCCAAGUUGGUUGGGUACGAGGUGAAGAUUGAGGCGGAGUUUGUCAACCCCCUCCCCAUCGCGCUCACCAAUUGUACCAUCCGCAUCGAGUGCCCGCUCAUUGGCCGGUCCAUGACACUCGGACAAAAUGAUGUCCCUCCAAAAGGGGUCUACAAAUUCGGGAUGAGCUUCCCGCCUCAGAAGAAGGGCAAGAAGCACCUUGUCGUCGACUUUGACUCCAAGCAGAUGGGCAACGUCAUGGGCGACAUCAUGAUGGAGGUCUAGGUUCAAACACUCCAUUUCUGAAGUGAACAGGUACUCCACAAUAGGAUCAAUGGGACAGACAGACAGGUGUUUCACAAAACUAUCCAUGAAGUUAUGAAGGACUUUAUGAACAACAAGACCAUGGCGAGCUACUCAAUCAUAGUUUUCAAUCACAGUUUUCAAUAAGUAGAACCACAUUAGCUCAACUUCAAAGUAGGUUCAUUUUUUUUAUUAAAUCCGUUUUUUAAAGGCAAAGUUUGGUAGACCAGGGGUUUCUAAUACUGUUGACCCAGGUUCGAUUCCAACUUGGCGUGCUAGUCCCCUUUAGGAAGGCAAUUAUCCUCAUUACCAGGUCCCUAUAAGAGGACGUGAAACCUUUGGUCCUCUGGUGCCUUGCCUACAAGCAUUCCUCCUUUCAAAAUAUUCAGGUUUAAGAAGAAUCACCACCAAAUUGCCUUCACAGUUCAUGAAAAGUCCUUACAAACCUCUGGGUCCUUACAAACAAGGUCACAGGUUGUUUAGGUUUCAGCAAUUGUUUGGGGUUUAAGUUUGGCUCUCCAUACUCCUGUUGUCGUAAAGUUAUGUUAUGGAAAGCUGCAUGAAACAUACCUCUGGGUGUAAUGGGAUGGAUGUUGGAAAGGAACUUCAACAUGACUUGAGGACUAGGUUCAUGGUAUAUCGGCUUUCUUUUGAGAAAACGAAAAGCAGCUUGUCAAAACAGCUUUUCAAAUGAUUAUUCACGCUCGGGAUCUCGUUCCGUUCAUUCUGUUGUGGCAGUAUUUUGUCAAAGUAGAACGAUUAGUCCAAAGAUUACUCUCACAUUUUUUUGUCAGUUUGUAUGUACAUUCAGUCAUUUUAUUUGCUUGUACUUUUUUGAGAGUGAUUAAUAGAAUAGUUUGGAUUUUUUCCAUUUAGUUAGUAUUGAUCCAAGUCGUAGAAUUACAAAUCAGACAUUGUACUGAUUUAGAAUAGUUGGAAUGUUCAUGAAAUGGACUCAUUGAUGUUUGACUAACAAAGUUGGUUUUGAGAACAGGUACUUUUUCUUUAUAUGUAUGUUUCUAGUACUAGUUAGAUUUAUUUUUCAGUAUCAACAUUAUAGAAUCAUGUCCAAGUAAUCAGUUUAAGAAGUGAAACUUUUGUGCUCAAUGUUAAAUGCUUUAUUUUGCCAGCUGGAAACAUUUUCCGAUAUUUUUAAAAUUAUUUUUCUAAGAGAGAGAAAUGGUUAACCACUAGGUCCUUAUUUAAAGUCACUUUUAAAGUGCAUGGAAUUUCAGAAAUUCUAUACAUUGUCAUUAGAUAUUGAAAUAGGCCAGGUAUUUAAUACUUUAUCUUUUGUACUUCAUGGAAAGUUAUGCGGUCACAAAGACUUUGUGAGGAUUUAAAAGGGAAACUUGUGAUAUUUUGCCCCAAGUAUAUAUCUAUAUUUUUUGCAUUGCCUUGAAUAUUACUGAAAUGUGUUCUGUACCUUUCAAGAUUAUGA